AUGUCAACAUCAGAAGGGGCUGCUAACGGCGUUCCAAACGCCGGAAUUAUUGAUACCCAGAGGCAGCAGCCUCCCGGAAACGGGGUUUUAGCAGUGAAAAAGCCACCGGCUAAGGAUCGACAUAGCAAGGUAGAUGGUCGUGGCCGCCGUAUCCGCAUGCCGAUCAUAUGCGCCGCCAGGGUAUUCCAGCUUACUCGUGAGCUUGGCCAUAAGUCUGAUGGUCAGACCAUCGAGUGGCUCCUUCGUCAAGCUGAACCCUCGAUUAUUGCCGCCACCGGCACUGGGACGACUCCGGCCAGCUUCUCUACAGUUUCGGUUGCUGUUCGGAAUUCCAAUAAUUCGUCGCUUUCAGCAGCACUUGACCAGAAAUCCUCGUCGCAGCAUCACCAGCACUUAAUCUCUCCGACUCCUUUUAUACUCGGGAAACGGCUCCGGUCAGAAGAAGUCGGUCUAGACGGAGGAGGAAAAGAGGAUAACAUGUCUUCAGCUACCGUUGUUAGCGCCGCCGCGGGUGGAGGGUUCUGGGCACUGCCAGCCAGGCCUGAUUUUGGCCAGGUGUGGAGUUUUGCUGCGGCGCCACAGGAGAUGGUGGUGUCAUCACCUACUGCCCUGGCAUCGCAGCAAGGGAGGUUCAUCCACAAUCAACAGCCAAUGGGCGAGGCGUCGGCUGCUAGGGUUGGGAACUACCUUCCGAUGACCCAAGGACACUUGAAUUUGCUUGCGUCAUUAUCCGGCCCUCCGCCACAAUCCUCCGGUAGAAAAGACGACGAUACUCGCUGA